AUGUACACAAGCGCGCGCAGGAGGAGUCGGUGAGGACUUUCCCGCUGCUUGCCGAAUUGUAGCCUCCGCUUUUCUCCUCCUCCGGUGACAGCUCGAGCUGCAUCCUAAAGCUCUCUCUCUCUCUCUCUCUCUCUCUCUCUCUCUCUCACACACACACACACACACACACACACACACACACACACACACACACACACACACACACACACACUGCUGCAGUCCCGUCACGUCCUCGCGCCUUCAGCGCGGAGCAGGAGAACAGGCAAUGCAUCGUAUGAGAACGCGCGCGCGGCUCAACCCGGGCGACAUGGAGAACAUCAGCGACCUCGUACAGUGAAAAAUCUCCUGAUAUUGUCCACCUUUGGAGGAACAAUGCUGUGGCUCAUCCUGCUAAGCAGUGUUAGCAUCGCUCUGGUCCGGACGACUCCCAUCCCUUUGCUGGAUGAAUCGGAGGAAAUUGAUGAACCUUGUUUUCAUCCCUGCUACUGCGAGGUGAAAGAGGGACUGUUCCACAUCCACUGUGAUGGCAAAGGUUUCACCAAUGUCAGCCAGGUGGCUCAGUCCUGGAUCAGACCAUUUAAGCUUUACCUACAGAAGAACACACUGCGCAAGCUGUAUUUUAACAACUUCCUGCACCUGAACAAUGCUGUAGCUGUGAACUUGGGCAACAAUGCACUGCAGGACAUUCAAGCUGGUGCUUUUAAUGGACUGAGUUCCCUGAAGAGGCUUUACCUCCAUGAGAACAAGCUGGAAGUGUUCCGUAAUGACACCUUCCUCGGCCUGGAGAGCCUGGAAUACCUGCAAGCUGACUACAACGUCAUCAGGCGGAUCGAUAGCGGUGCGUUUAGACACCUCCAUAAACUCCGGGUGUUGAUCCUCAAUGACAAUCUGAUACCUGCGUUACCGCCGUUCCUCUUCAGAUCUGUCUCACUUACACACCUGGACCUCAGAGGGAACCGCCUAAAGACUCUCAGUUACCGAGGUGCAUUGGAGUACAUCGGUAGAAAUCUGAUGGAGAUCCAGCUGGAGGAAAACCCAUGGAACUGUGUGUGUGAUAUUGUUCAGCUGCGGGCCUGGCUGGAGAGAAUACCUUACACGUCUGUGGUGGGAGAAAUCACGUGUGAGUAUCCAUUCCACCUGCAUGGAAAAGAUCUCAGAGAGAUCAAACGGCGCGAGCUGUGUCCCACACUGACAGAUGCCGAACUUGAGGCCAAUCUAGGAAUCCCUCAUUCAGUUGGAAGAGUGAGACCAACCAAGCCGUCGUCUAUGUUCUCCGCAAACCAGAACACCGUGUCGUCUGUGGAACAGAAGAACUUGAAACCCACACGAAGGCCAAGGCCAUCGAAAACCCCUCCCACACCACGUAGCAUUUACCCAAACCAUCCUCCAAUUGCUGGAUAUGAGACAAGGCCUCCCAUUCCCAUCAUCUGCCCCAUCGGGUGCACCUGCAACUUGCACAUCAAUGACCUUGGCCUGACAGUCAACUGCAAGGAGAACGGAUUCCACAAUGUUUCUGAGCUAACACCACGACCGCUAAACGCUAAGAAGCUCUAUCUGAGCGGAAAUCUGAUCCAGAGGAUACACAGGUCUGACUUUUGGAAUUUUUCCAGUCUGGAUUUGUUACACUUGGGGAACAACCAAAUAUUUUACGUUCAGGAAGGUGCCUUUGGAAAUUUACCCAAUUUACGCAGCCUGUAUCUAAAUGGGAAUAACAUCGAGAAGCUAACAGCAGACAUGUUCCAUGGCUUGCACAAUCUGCACUACUUGUAUUUUGAAUAUAACGAGAUAAAGGAAGUUCAGCCGGCGGCGUUCAGCUUGAUGCCUGCACUUCAGCUUUUGUUUCUCAAUAAUAAUCUUCUACAAUCACUUCCCGUUGGUGCAUUCAAGGGAACUUCGCUUGCUCGGCUUAACCUGCGCAACAACUACUUCCCUCACCUGCCAGUGGGUGGCGUUUUAGAACACCUUCAUGCUGUGGUGCAGAUUGACUUGAAUCAGAACCCCUGGGACUGUGCGUGUGAGAUCGUUCCGUUAAAACAGUGGUUGGAUACCUUAAGCUCUGUGGUCAUCGUUGGCGAGGUGCUGUGUAAGACGCCAGAUGCCAUGUUGGGGAAGGAUUUGCGCUCUCUGAACAACGAAGUGAUUUGUCCCGAGCUUUUAAAACCCUCCUCGACUCCAGAUGAACGGGAUAUGGAGUUUUUGCCCUCAUUUCCUCCUAAAGCUGUCAUCCCUCUCUCCGUACUUGUCCUCAGCCUUGUUGUUCUGUUUGUCUCCUCGUUCUUUGCUGCUGCGGCACUCUGUACCUUUAUAAUGAAAAAGCGUGACAAGCUGCCAUUUAGAAAGCAGGAAGAGGCGGGGCUAACCGGAAUUCAGAUGGAGUGUGGAAUAUUUACAGAAACUCCACCCACUUUGCCUGAAACUCCACCCUCUAACCAUGUCUAUGAGUGCAUCACUGUGACAGGUUCUCAAUGUGCAGCUUAUGAGCGUAGGCGAGAGGGGGUGGGACCUCUAGCUCUUUGCAAGGAGGAGGUGGGGCCUCUAGAGCAUAAGGUGGAAGGGACAGAUUGUGGAGAGAGCAGUUCCAAUUACAGAACGCCGCUCGAGAAAGAGGAGGAGUGGACAACUGUAGUUGGCCACACCCCCAUCAACACCGUGACGGAUAUAGCCAGUUUCCAUGGGAACGGAAUACUUUGUCCGACGGUGAUUGACAGCCAAGGGCCUACCCCCAAAGUGGGAUUGGUCCACAGCCUUUUUGGGACGAGUCCCUGGCUGGGAGACAUCAGUCCAAAGCAAGCACUCACCGCAGAUGCAGAGGCGAGGACAGACUGCGCUAAUCAAACCCCAAGCAAUUACUCUACUCCAAUUACGCUGCCGAGAUCGUAUCAGUUUUAAAACAUUGAGGAUAAAAUAAAAGUCUUAACUUCCCCAUCAUCUUUCUUCCAGAAUUGAAUAAUGGUAAGACUGAAUGCCACGUUGCUCUGGAGGAACUCCCUGUACUCGGACUUUUAUAACAAGUGCCUUCAUGAGAGCAGCCAGCAACCAUGUAAAGAUGAUUAUUUUUAUACAAUUACAGUUUAUUUAUCUAAAACACAGGUUUAGGACAAAAGGACAACGCUGCAAAAGGAAGAAACAAUGUGUCUGAACCACAGAUCUCCAUAUUAGACACCUACCUAGGUGAUGACAUCAUUAAUUACACUAAUGCGUGAUGAGGAAAUCUAAAAUAACGUAAACAAGAAGUUUGCGUGUAAAGGCCCCGGGGGAUGUUUAACGAGGUUUAUUUACAGCAAAGUAAAGAACAGACAAGACACCAAACAACAAUCAUGCUGUGAACAAGAACAAUACAGAAUCAGUGGCAAGACUUUGCAAGGUUUUAAUGUGUUUCUAUGGAGAUAAAGAGAAGUAAAGAGAAGCUGAGUACAAUGUGGAGAUUUUCUGUAUUAGGACAUAUGUAGUGUUCAGGGGCAGUGUGGAGUGCUUAGGCGAAUAGGAUGGUUUGUUCAAGGGAGACAGAGUGCAGUGUUCAGUGGGGACAGGGUGCAGUGUUCAGGGAGACUGUGUGGAGUGUUCAGGCUGAAAGUGUGGAGUGUUUAGGGGCAGUGGGGAGUGUUUAGGGGUAGUGUGGGGUGUUUAGGGGCAAUGGGGAGUGUUAAGGGAGCAGUGUGGAGUGUUUAGGGGCAGUGUGGAGUGUUUAGGGUCAGUGUGAAGUGUUUAGGGGCAGUGUGGAGUGUUUAGGGGCAGUGUGGAGUGUUUAGGUAGCAGUGUGGAGUGUUCAUGGGAGAGUGCAGUUUUUAGGUGGACAGCGUAGAGUGUUUUGGUGGACAGUGUGCAGUGUUCAGGGGGACAGUGUGGAGUGUUCAGGGUGGACAGUGUGCAGUGUUCAGGGGGACAGUGUGGAGUGUUCAGGGUGGACAGUGUGCAGUGUUCAGGGGGACAGUGUGCAGUGUUCAGGGGGACAGUGUGGAGUGUUCAGGGUGGACAAUGUGCAGUGUUCAGGGUGGACAGUGUGUAGUUUUCAGGGGGACAGUGUGGAGUGUUCAGGGUGGACAGAGUGGAGUGUUCAGGGGGACAGUGUGGAGAGUUUAGGAGACAGUGUGCAGUGUUCAGGGUGGACAGUGUGCAGUGUAUGAUGUAGGAUGGCCCUCUGCUGGUGUGGAGGCGAAUCAUCAUGAUAAGAAUAAUGAUGUCACAAUCACGUAUUUCUAGUGGUGAACAUCCCGUAAAAUAAUUUUUUUCAGAGAUUAUUUACAUUCUAUUUUAAUAUUAAAUAAUUUUAUGGAGUAUUAUAAAAAUUAGCACUAAUUAAUGAAACUUUGCACUGUCACUGUAGUAUUAUAUAACAUUUAACAUCAUCCACUGCAACAUCGUACACAACCUGCAGCACUUACUGAAAUAUGGCUACAAGCUAGCAGAAUUCUAAGAUUUAUUUUUUAUUUUAAAUAAUUUGAUUCAUUUUGCAUGAAAGUCUGAUAAUUGUAAUCCACUGGGAUUUAAAGCAGUUGUUCUACUUGUGGUUGUUUUAUUGCACUAACAGUAGCUGAGCUACAUCAUGCAUAACGACCCAGAACGCUCUCAUUUAUAUCUAUUUCUAUUUUAAUGGAACAUUUAGCUACUUUAGACAUCAAAGCUUCUAGAUUAGCUGCAGGAAAGCAUAGUUAGCAUUUCCUUAACUAGCUAGCUGACUAACAUACCCUGAUAUGCUCAAGAUGUAAAUAUUUAUUUCAAAAUGCUCGUCUAAGAUGCAUGAAUGUCUAAUCGUUAACAUUACUUCAGACAGUUUUUCCAGUCUUCCAUAUCUUGCUGCUAAAAAAUAUACCUUCUGCAACCAGUAGCUUGUAAGCUAUCAUGCUACUAAUCGAGUGCAAAACCUUCAUGGCUUUCAGAAAGAGAAAACUGAAUAAAGAAAAUUGUUUCUUAGGUUACUGGGAGAGCAGCGACAUGAGCCAGCUAACAGAGACAAAUCUCCAAACAAAGUACCAGUACAAACUGGCUAGUUAAUCAGGAACGUUUCCCAGGCAAAAACUAGCUAAUAUAAAAAAUAUAUCAAUUAAAAAUGGCUAGCUAUCCUCAGUGUAAAGAAACCCAUACAGAAGUUACAGCUAUUGUUAAAAAAUAAACACGACCUGGCUAACGACAGAGUAAAUUCCUGAAACGGGAUUAGCUCAUUUUGGAAAUCGGCCCAAACAAAAUAUAAACAUUAACUUUAGCUCCAUAAGACAAAAGCUAGUUAAUGCUAACAAUAUCAACAAACAAUGUAGCUAACUAAUUUAAGAGAAAAUUCGUUAGACAAAUGCUAGUUAAUGUUUAAAAUAACUCCCAAAGAGAAGUUAGCUAAAAAACUAUCCCAAGUAUUUGGCUAAUUUUCUGGGCUACAGCCAAAGAAAAGGUAGCAUGCUAGUUUAAGGGUUUCAGUAUCAGUAGUGCACACUAUCUAGGGCACUAAUAUGGAUAUCUGUGGUAUGAAGCCUGGCUUUUCUGCUGUGGAUUCUAUUUGAUUGAUUAAUUUUUUUUCUUUCCUCUGAUUAGCGACGUUUCAGCAACGGAGUGAAACUGUACAGCGUUUUUCCACAUUUAAGCAGAUCACGGUUACCGACGCUAUGAGGCCAGACGCACAUUUUUAUAAUCAUCCAUCUGCGUGCAGGACGUGUGCUUAUAUUUAUUCUUAUAUUUCAGUGUUAUUAAUUAUUAAUUAUCUUAUAAUUAUUAUUCCUGUACAUCAUGUUUAAUUAAUCAGUGUACAAUGAUUCUGCCUCUCGUUUAGCCUGAACUGAAUAAAGGAA